CAAAGAUGAGGGGCCCCAAUAGUCGUCGACUUUCAAUCUACUAACCUAGACUACUCUAUGUAUGCCUCGACCAUGAUCUUCUUUUUCCUCACGGUAGUGCCUACUUGCUCAAACUUCCUUCCUUCCUCCCCUCGACCUGCCAGUCAGUGACCUCUAGAAAUCCCACCUGUGGUUGCCAAGUACCAGCAAGCCGUCUUACUUUCGCAUUGCGGGAGACACUUUUAUAGUGCACCGGCUGAGUCAGGUGCUUACUUCACGGGGCUACGUCUUGUAUUUUGUUGCAUGUGAUUUUCCGUGCCUCACGACCACAAAGCCCAUUGACAAGUACAACAUUUGCUUGUCAGGAAGCGACAAAUUUCUUCCAGGAACCACAACUGCUGCACGGGUAACAGCCAUGGUGCCCGCGAAUAUCAAAACCCCGGAUCUACGCGAGAUCCUAGGUCCUGUCUUGCAAUCGCUACCACCUGCGGCACUCGCAACACAGCCGGCUGAGAACGUUCUUGAUUACCUCACCCCAAUUCUCAAGCAGCGUGUUCAACUCUUGUCGUCCUCCAGCACAGAACCAUGGAUCAGAUUAUUAUGUUACGAUACCGCGAAAGCUGCCAGGCUUGCCGAAAUCGCCCAAAGUGAUCGUCUGGAGCCGCACCCUGUCAGCGGCGAGGUCGAGAUCGAUUGGGACUACGAUUCCGAGAUUCGUUACCGAAGGCUGGAUGAGGAGACGCUGCAAUCAUUUGUCGUCCUGCAAGAGAAGGAGCUCUCUUUCCGUCUGGACUACUGCACUGGCGAUGUUGACGGUUGGAGAGUAGGUGAAAUCAGCGUGCCUGAUGCGUCUCUGCCCUUCUCGUCGUUCGGAGGAGUCUCGGCAAUUGUGGAAGCCGAUCGCCAAUUUCGGGAAGAGCAGUCAAAGAAGAAGAAUCCCCAAGCAGCAUCGAACAGCUUCCCCAAUGGCGGCGAACUGGUAGAAGACGAGGAUGACGACGACGAUUACUGGGCAAGGUACGACGCCACUCCUGCGCGUACUCCAGCAGCCAAACGGUCCCCCGCUCCGGCCUCAACAAGAAGCGGUACCGGUCCGCGCGGAGCAGGUGACGACGAUGACUACUACGCGCAGUACGAUUCGGUACAGCCUGCGAUGGAUCCCCACGACCCUGACGAGGAGGUGGACAUGCAGGACAUCUCUCCUCCACUAGGGUUAGCCGCACCGAGGCCCACGCAUGCGACGAUGAACAGCGGCAGCCAGGAAGAACUCGAGCUCAACGAGACUAAUGGUGCGUGGACGAUAGCCGAGCCGCCCAGAUCGCCUUCUGCCGGCUCGAGGAGUGGUGAUGAUCCGAACAUGGCUCAUCCCCGGCCGGCAUCCAGUGCAGGGUCGCAUGCAUCGGUCGCAAAACUCGAGGCAGCGGCAGAGAACUUUGGCGUGCAACAACACAUCUCUCGAAGUAUCAAGAGUCUUUUCAUGCUCGGACGCGCAUCCGGUAUUGAUCGCGAAGAGUUUGAUGGCAUCGUCAAGAGAGAGCUUGAGAUGUUGCGGCUAAUGGAAGAGUAGGCCAUGUCUUACAACAAGUGUGGUAUCUUACACUGCUGUCGCAAGUACAACGUCCUAUAGGUUCUGUUAGGUUUGGUGGGGGGGUAUCUUCGGAGUCCGGACUUUCUGGGAUAAUGAUUGCAUCUAAGGCGCAUUGGGGGGCGGGGGCCAUUCUUUUUUUUUGGGGGGGUAUUGGUUUGAUAGUCUACUGCGCAUAAAACCAGGUAUCACGCAUUUAGCAAAAUUCAGAAUGUCGGAAAACACAAACAACACCCCCGAGAGAUGAAAAUGAGAAAGAGUGCAGACGAUUAAAAUGGUUCUGGGGUAUGGCACUGGAGUGCAAACCACGACCCCCGCCCCCCAAUUGGC